AUGGGCACUGUGAAUGGAUAUGUUGAUUGUAAGAAUGAAAUAGCUAGGCAUGAUAAAUUGUCACAUGAUAAGGAGAGUGAGAGUAAUUUGAGGAAGGCUUUUGAGGAAGUAGAGAAAAAUGCACCCUCAAUUAUCUUCAUUGAUGAGAUUGAUUCCAUUGUUCAGGAGCGUAUAUACGAUGAGUUUGUAGAGAAAGCAAAAGUCCGUGCCUUAAAACGCAUUGUUGGAGACCCCUUUAAAAAGGGUGUUGAACAAGGUCCUCAGAUUGAUGAGGAGCAGUUUAGCAAGAUCUUGCGUUACAUCAAAUCGGGAAUCAACAGUGGUGCUACGCUAGUAACAGGUGGAGAUCGAAUUGGAAACAAAGGUUAUUACAUUCAGGCGACCAUCUUCUCUGAUGUACAAGAUGAAAUGAAAAUAGCACAAGAUGAGAUCUUCGGUCCUGUUCAAUCAAUCCUUAAGUUCAGAAUAUUGAAGGCUGUCGCUCUUGAGCAUCCUAAUGAUAUUGAUGCUGCAGCGGAAUCUAUUCUUGUAGAAAUUCUACCCUCAAUUGCCACUUCUCAUGAAUCAUCAUUCGCUCUACAAGAUGCAAAUGAAGUGGUUCGUGUCUCAACUUCAGAUGGAAAGGGUAAGCAGCCUAUGUUUUAUGAACAUCAAGAAGAGGAACGAACAUCAAAUCAUCUAUCUGGGAAUGAGCUUGAGGCAUACAAAGAAAUUGGUCAUCAGAAAACGAUUACCUCCCUAUCAAAAUCUACAGAUGUCUCUCAUUUUCUAACAGGUUCAUCAGAUAAGUCUGCCAAGCUCUGGGAUGCAAGAACUUUGACUCUUCUCAAGACGUAUGUGACAGAAUGUCCAGUGAAUGCUUGUGCAAUAUCUCCACUUCUGGAUCAUGUGGUUAUUGGAGGAGGCCAAGAAGCAGUACAUGUCACUACCACUGACCGCCGUGCAGGAAAAUUUGAGGCGAAAUUCUUUCACAAGAAUCUUCAAGAAAAAAUUGGUGGCGUGAAAGGACACUUUGGACCAAUAAAUGCUCUGGCUUUCAACCCUGAUGGGAGAAGGUUGGCUGCACUGCUUAUGCGGGCCGGAUCUUCUUGUCCGUAA